UCUAGAAUCUUCUUACCAGAUUUUAUAAUAACCCUAAAACAUGAAUUUACAUUUCUAGCAUGUUCUGUACCUAUCCAGUGUAUCUCAGUCUCACGGGCAGGAAUUGAAUUGAUAUUGAAAGAGACAGAGAAAGUAAAAAUGGCAAGCAGUGAAGAAUUGGCACUGGACUUGGACGAAUUGAAACAUCUUCAAAGCAUCGCUAAGAGGCCUCGUGUUGUCUCUCUUAUUUCCAACGAGAUUCGUACUGUGGAAAAGUUAUCAAUAGAUGCUGCUUCUGUACCUGCUAUGCAGCCACCAGUUUCAGCUACCCGAACGCCAACGCCAACACCGACACCAAGUGUACCAAAUGUGGUCCCUAACCCUGCACUAAAUUAUGUUCCUCUAGGGUCCUUCAGCUGGGAUCAGGACAAUGAUCAAGUGAAGAUUUAUAUUCCAUUGGAGGGAGUUGAGCAGGAGAAACUUGAGACUGAAUUUAAACGAAGUUCUUUUGAUAUCAAAUUCCAUGAUGUCCAAGGAAAGAAUUAUCGAUGUGCCAUACCAAAAUUAAACAAGGAGAUCGUGCCCGAGAAAUGUAAAGUGGUAGUAAAGCCGAAGAGGGUCAUUGUCACUUUAGUUAAAGCUUCAAAGGGGAACUGGUUGGAUUUGCACUUCAAAGAAGAUAAGAUGAAGCCGAAUUUGGACAAAGAGCGGGAUCCAAUGGCUGGAAUAAUGGACUUGAUGAAGAACAUGUACGAGGAAGGUGAUGACGAUAUGAAACAAACAAUUGCAAAAGCAUGGACCGAUGCUAGAUCAGGCAAAUCAUCCGACUCUUUGAAGGGAUUUCCUUGAAGAUAUCUUAGAGGGUAUAGAUUGUUAAGAUUUUGAUGUCUGUUGUCUAAAUUUGUUAUUUCUCAAGUCUUAAUGUAUUUGAAUUUCGUCGGUAGAGAUCCGUCUGGACUUUUGUCUCGGUAAAUGUUAGUCAUCCCGUGCAAAUGAUAUCUCCUUUUGACAUUAACGGUGACAUGCACAUCUUACAUGUCCUUUAUUUAGAAAUGGACUUAUAAAACCUAUGAUAAAUUUGAGCUUCUAUUUUAAAAGUUCAAUUUUGUUA